AUGGGCAACCAUAAAUCGACAACUAUCACUACAACCAGCAGUACUGCUGUGCUGCCUCAUCGUAUUCAUCGAAUUAUACAAAAUUUUCUUCUCAUCUGGCUUGAUGCCAAUAUUGACGAAUCGAAACAAGAUUUUAAAAAUUCAUUAGUACAUCUACGACACCUUGUGGCAUCAAUCACACCAUUUACUGAUGCACAAGAAUGUGUUGAGUUUCUAAGUGACAUAAAAAAAGAAAAAGUAUUUAUGAUUGUUUCUGGUUCAUUGGGACAACAAAUCGUACCAGAAAUUCAUGCAUGGUCACAAUUAGAUUCCAUUUAUAUUUUUUUUAGUAAUCCGUCGCACCAUGAACAAUGGGUCAAAGCAAUGCCAAAAGUAAAGGGUGUUCACAAUGAUAUCAAGCCGAUUUAUAAAGCAUUACCAAGCGAUCGUGAACGAUGUAAUCGAGCUAUGAUCUCAAUCAGUUUUCAUGGCAUUGAUACAUUAUUUAUGUAUACGCAAUUGUUUAAAGAAGUUCUUUUAGAAAUCGAUGACGAUACUAAAUCCAUCAAAGAAUUCGUUGAGUACUGUCUUCUUCAAGAUGAUAUUGCUAAAGAUGAGGUCAAACAGCUCGGACAAAGAUAUCGUCGUCAUACACCCAUUUGA